UUCUCCUCGCUUUUACCUGAAAGUCAUAUAUGGGCAAGCAAACAAGUUCGACAGAAGCGAAAUCUUGAUUGCCUAUAGCCCGACCGCUGAUAGCAGAUUGAUUUAAUUUGGCCUACUGGCAGAUAUCAUCUUACUUACUCGCGCGCGCUGACCGCGCUCAGUUCGCCAGCUUCGCGCGCGUGCUUUGGAUACCCCAAAAAAAUCCGCAUCUACAAGCGCGGCGCUACGCAGCUGCGACAAGCUAGCGUUCUGGUAUGCUCUCUGCGACGGGCGGCAGACGCAGGAACCUCCAUCACGCUCAGGCACCCAAGGCUUUCUGACGCUGUCCUUAUCUCGCGGUAACUAUAAUGCUUAGUCAGCGACUUGGCGCCUCUGCAGCGUCUGCGGCAUCUAGGGCUGUGACAAAAGAAGCUUCGCUUGGGUUUCUCAACGUGAGCGCGGGAGUACUUCAACUGGCGCUACCUCUCCAUCCCGUACCACGGAAUCCCGGCGUUGCGUGUGCUUGCGCGGCCGGCCCAGUCUCGGGUGCCUCGCCGAUACGGCCACGUUCAAACGCGGACCGCCCUCGGCCCAGCCCAGCCUCCGCUGUGGCUGCGCCGUCCGCGCCGGCAGCAUCGCCACAUCAAGAACGCAAUGUCUCCAGCAGUGGCAGCAGCUCCCAUACCGCGCCACGCCAUGCUUCUGAGCAAGCGAGCACCUCAGGGCGCUCUGCUGCGCGGCGGCUGCACUUGCACAACACCCAGCACGCGCACCUGCACCUGCACGGCCACCAGCAGCGCCAGCAGCACCAGCACCACCCCACGCUGCGUCUCAUUGCGUCGCGGCUCCGUUCCGGCACGCAGCCGGGCGCGCGGCGUGACGGCGCCCGCCUGGGCCUCGUCGUGGAGGGCGGCGGCAUGCGCGGCUGCAUCAGCGGGGCCAUGCUGAUGGCGCUGCACGACCUGGGCAUCAGCCAGGUGUUUGAUGUGGUGUACGGCGCCAGCGCGGGCGCCAUCAACGCCACGUACUUCCUCACGGGGCAGCGCAACGGGUUGAGGAUCUAUCACGAGGACCUGACGCAAGGCACCGCGUUUCUGGACUUCAGGAACCUGUUCUCUAGCUCCGGGGCGCCGGUCAUGAACGUGGACUUCCUGAUUGAUCAAGUCAUGAACACGUCCAAGCCGCUGGACUGGGACGGCGUGCUGACCUCGCCGGCGCCGCUCAAGGUGGUGGCGAGCUGCCUGGAUUCGCUGCAGCCCGUGAUCAUCUCCGACUUCGCAGACCGAGCUGAGCUGGCGGAGGCGCUGAAGGCCACGGCCGCCGUGCCGCAGAUCGCCGGCCCGCCACGGCAGCUGCGUGGGCGGCAGCUGGUGGACGCGGCCGUGUUUGAGCCGGUGCCGGUGCCCUCUGCCAUCCGGGACGGCUGCACGCACGUGCUGGUGCUGUGCACGCGGCCGGCGCCCACGCAGCGCAGCCCCUGGGCGCAGCGCAUGCGCAGCACCAUUGAGGCUAUGGCCAAGAGCACGGUGUUAAACGCGCCUUACAUGCGUGAGGCCUGGCGGACUGCGCGCUCGCCAGACAUUGUGUCGUGGGAUCAGCAGUUGGUGGCCACGCUGCAUGGCUGCCCGCACGAGGUCCAGCGCAGCAUGGGCGCCUACGUGCUGCCGCUCUACCCCGAGCACACCGCCGGCUGCCACCCGCUGUGCUUGGACCCCAACACGCUGCUGGCCGCCUGCGACGUGGGCCGCCAGGCCCUGCUUCGGCUGCUGGGGCCGCUGGUGGCGGCGCACAAGGGGCCGGAGGCGGUGUUGGCGGCCGCCGCCAGCGGGCGCAUGGCCUCGGCGGCGGCGGCCAUGGCAGUGGGCGGCAGCGGCGGCAGCAUGGAUGACCUGGCGGGGCUGACGGAGGCGAUGGCGGAGGACCUGGACCUGGUGACGGCGGCGUCCGCUGCUCUUGGUGGGGGUGGCGGUGGUGGCGGCAGCAGCAGCCAUGGGAGCGGCAACGGGGCAGACGGCAACGCCAGAAGCACCAGCAGCCGCCGGGCCGCGAGCGCGUUCGGAGGCGCGGAGCUCUACUCUGCGGACAUGGAGCUGCAGUACCGCCCGUGAUUGUUUUCGUGAGGAGGGAGUUUCCAUGUGAUACAGAACGGUAUAUCGUUAAUUGAUGUCGCAGCAUUUCGUGUAAUAAAGGAUUUAGGUAUGUCCACCUUGCGCCGGCGUGCGCAAUCCUUGCCCGGUUCCAAAGCGAGUGUAUUGUAGCUUCGCGUUGUACCGAGUGCCGAGAAGAAUUUAAGGCAUCAUUCAUGUGUAUUUGCAGUCAAGGACAGGGCCGAUGUGCGGGCAAUGAAGGUCAGUGAUAGCGUUAGGGCCUGUUGUAUGGUGGGGCUCAUGUUCGGUACCGUCACGUGCGUGUGCGUGAGCUUGGUAUGGUCGUAUGCACGAAUGGACGGAGAGUAGAUUCUGCGGUUAGCUCGAACUACAACUUUGCGCGGGAGCACCAGGGCUAUCCUAUUGAUAUGGCAUAAAGGCUCCAAGCAACAGGGGAAUCGCGUUCAGGGAGAUGCAUCGAAUAACAUGUCGUGAGACCCAUGCGCGUGUGUAAUUGUGUGCAUUGGAGAACGCUGUGUAUUCGAUUAUGGGUGACUGAUAGCGCGGUAUCAGCAGAGACUCCGGGUGACUGGGGUGGCAUUAAAGCAACUGACGUUUGAUGGGCAGGCAAGCUAGCGCUACCUUGUAAGCUAAACCUCCCAGCUCCGCAGCGCGAUGGCUCGCCCUUUGUGGGGACUCACAGUCAAGUGUGGAAUAGCGGGGUGGCAGUGUGUAGCUGGGACGGGCUGUGAGCGCAUUGUGUCGUGAGCGAGGUUGGGAGAGGAGACUGGAGCAGGGGAGGGUUGGAUCGUGUUGGAGCGCCAGGCUUGGCGCCAGGGCAAGCAACUUUGUUAGUGCGGCCUCAAAGCGUUGAGCCCAGCAGGUGCUAUCCCUCGAGGAUAUUUGGCAUUGGCUUUGCCUAGACCUCAGGCUUUGAUCGGCUUUGGCCUCAUGGUCCGGGGCGGUGCACUUUAGUGCCCGUUUUCAUGUGUUUAUUGUUUUCAAGAGUUUCUGCAUUCGAUAAAUAGCCCGUCGAAGGUUGUACUGGUAGCCGAAACAAGCAAAAAAGACAACAACCCUAAUGUAAGGUUCUUGCCGA